AUGAGCUGCAUCAACCUGCCCAAUGUGCUGCCAGGCUCCCCCAGCAAGACCCGGGGGCAGAUCCAGGUGAUUCUCGGACCCAUGUUCUCAGGAAAAAGUACCGAGCUGAUGAGACGGGUCCGUCGCUUCCAGAUUGCCCAGUACAAGUGCCUGGUGAUCAAAUAUGCCAAAGACACGCGUUACAGCAGCCUCUUCUCCACACAUGACCGGAACACCAUGGAGGCCCUGCCAGCCUGUCUGCUCCGGGAUGUGAUCCAGGAUGCCCAGGGCGUGGCCGUCAUAGGCAUCGACGAAGGGCAGUUUUUCCCUGACAUCGUGGAGUUCUGCGAAAACAUGGCCAACUCGGGGAAGACCGUCAUCGUGGCUGCGCUGGAUGGGACCUUCCAGAGGAAGGCUUUCGGGACCAUCCUGAACCUGGUGCCCCUGGCGGAGAGCGUGGUCAAGCUGACGGCGGUGUGCAUGGAGUGCUUCCGAGAGGCCGCCUACACCAAGAGGCUGGGCGUGGAGAAGGAGGUCGAGGUCAUCGGAGGAGCAGACAAGUACCACUCCGUGUGCCGCCUGUGCUAUUUCAAGAAGGCCUCGGGUCAGCCCGCCAUGCUGGACAGCGAAGAGAAUAAGGAGAACUGCCCGAUGACGCUGGUAAAGCCCGCGGAGGCCCCAGGAGCCCGGAAGCUGUUUGCCCCUCAUAUCCUGCAGUGCAGUCAGGCCAACUGA